GCAGCUGAGCCCUUAGAACCACUAAAUGUUCCUGAAUUAAAAGAGCAAACCAGCUGCUAUGUCACAUAAUGACACUCAGAAAACACAGUCAAUGGUUGCCAUGGUGCCUCCCACCUUUUCCAGUAGCAGAAAAGAUGAGAAUCAGUCAGGCUGUUCAACCCAGACAAGAAAUUUAACUUGUCAGAACCUUGUGGUGGCUAAAGGAGUUUAAAUCCAAAAAAUAUUUCAUGGGGUCCGAACCAUCAUCACACACCAAGCUGAACAUUCUGACCCGUCUCACAUGGAGGGAAAUGUGUUUGGAGGUGUCUUAUGGAGUCAGAGAAGAUUUUUCAGCAGGAUCAAAGCCUUAAUGAGUCACGUGAUAAUUAUUAGUCAUAUGAAUGAGGUGCACAUAUGCUGCUCCUGCAUGGAGAACAGACUCUACCACCUGUCCCAAAGCUGAAAUGGUGCAGACUCAAGGAAGGGGAAGCUCACCUGUAGCAGCAGAACCUACACAGGAAAGCUCAUGGUCACAUCUUAGAUGCAGACUUAACGAAACAAAAAUGACUCUGGAGGAAUGCUGCACGGUCCGGCUGUGACAGAGAUGCAGGCUGUGGUUUCCAUCUGUGGCUCUAAAUGUUUGCCAGUAUGUGAUUAAGAGACCAUUCUGAAGAUCCUGGCAUGCCAAAGUAAACACAUACAGAUUAUAGUAGGAGGGCUUCCUGUCCAUUCGCUCUCUGUUGCACAGAAACAAAUCUCUGAAACUUAAGUUUAACCUCAUCAAACUAUUGUUUCUUGCAUUUUCACGCUAAUCCUGCCUUACAACCAUGUACAACUUGUUGGGUUAAGAGUUACUGCAUCUGUGCUUAAUGCAACUACUGUUUGGACUUGAUAUUAUCAGCCUGUGUCACUAAAACUCUCUGGCUUUUCAAACAAGUACUUAGCUUCAUUUUUAGUUUGUGCAAAUAAUAUAUCUGUUACACCUAACAACUAAAAAUGAAUAUUAUUGUGUAAGGAUGGAGCAAAUGAAUGCAUUACCACAUCCAACAGGAGUUCUGAUAGUCAGCAGGCAAACCUGUAUCUAAAAGGAAACAAACACAGAAUACAGGAAAAACAGGAGGAGGAACAACGAGGAGCUGAUUACCUGAGGACAGGCGUGGACCAAUCAGCUUAAUGAAAACAGCUGGGAGACCAAAAUAUAGGAAUGAAAUAUUACUAGACUAAAUCCAAAACCCAGUCCUGUUUGCACAUCUAUAUCACAGCCAUCAGAACCACUAUUUAAAGUUUAACUGGGUCACAGAUAGUUGGGCUUUACCUGACCCAGUUAUCAUUCUGAUCCUUUUUCCAGUUUUUUCAGCUAAAAGUGUGAUGAUGGUUCUGACCCAGUGAAAUAUUCAGAACCCUUUGGAUUUAACCAGUUUCUCCAUCCAAUCAUAGCUUUUGUCUGUCUCCUUCCAGCCUGUGUCGUCCACUGCUGUAGGACUUCAGACCAAUAAGAGCCCAGAGUGCAGAGAGACACGCCCACACACACCAGUAGAUUUUAGCUGUGAAUAGUUCUGUAGAAACUUGACCUGAAGGUUCUGUUUAAUCAGUCAGAUCUCCUACAGAAAACACUGCAGACACAUUAAAAGGUCCAUGUGAGACCAGCAGAAGGUUCUGGCUCUCACGACUAAAGAUUGUUUCUGAUCCAACUUCUGCUUUUCACACAGUGACUGAGGCUGACGUUCUCACCACAUCUCAAAUUAAAAUGUAUUUAUAAAACAUAUUUAAACAACAAAGUGCUGAACAGAUGAAAACUGCAGUGAGCAGGAAGGCAGCGGAGCGAGGCCCAGACUGAUGGUCAUAUUUCUGCUAACUGCAGAGCAGACAGGCUGCAGCGUUCUGCACAAGGACACGUAGCAGUGUUUGAUCAGAGCCGAACUACAAUGAGUUGCAACAAUCCAGUUUUAACGCUCCACGUCUUUGAGAGAGAGCUCUUAGAAGACAGCGUCACCUCUAGCAACAAGGUCAACAGCACCUCCUCACUAAGAGGAGUUUCUGUUGUCUCCUCCUCAGAGUUGCUCUCAGCAGAGAACUGAAUCACUCUGAAGCUGAGACUCCUUGGCAGGAAUGUUCAGGCUAAGACUAAAAGAAGCUGGACUUUCCCAUCCUGCUUGAGGAUCAACGUGGUUGCAAGGAAGUUAUGAUUCAGGGUGAAGUAGUCUGAGUGUGGUUGGGUCUAUCAUGCUUGAAGAGGAUGUGAUUAACUGCACCAUCAGCCAUGAAAUCCACCAGUACGUCUUCUCCUGUGUCUACAUUCUGGUGUUGGUGGUUGGUGUUCCCUCCAACCUGUACUCCCUGUACCAUGCAGCUCUCCAGCUGAAGCAGAGGAACGAGCUCGGUGUUUAUCUGUUGAACCUCACUGUGUCGGACCUGUUGUACCAGGCUUCUUUACCACUCUGGCUGCAGUACAUCUUUCAGGACGAUGAUUGGCAGUACAGGGAGUGGUUGUGUCAGCUGUGUGGGUUCCUGCUCUAUGAAAACAUUUACAUCAGCAUUGGCUUUCUGUGCUGCAUCAGUCUCGAUCGCUACCUAGCUGUAGUCCAUCCUCUCAGGUUUACCUCUCUACGCUCUAUGACUGCAGCAUGGAUCGUCAGUGGCAUCAUCUGGAUGAAAGAGAUAGCAGUAGGUGUGGUUUUCUUUCGCCAUAAAGAGGUGACCAGGGACCGGACCAACCAGUCUGUGUGCUUCGAGCACUACCCUAUGAGGCCGUGGGAAUAUCCAAUCAACUACUACCGGUUCACCAUCGGCUUCCUGUUCCCAUUAGCCAUCCUCUCGAUCAGCUACCUGUGUGUCCUCCGCGCUGUGGGUCGUAGCGCGGGAACUCAGCCAGAUCAGAAGACGAGGAUCAGGCAGUUGGUGAGCAGCACCAUCCUCAUCUUCCUGGUCUGCUUCUCGCCGUACCACGUCUUCCUGCUGAUCCGAACACUGUUUGAGCGGGAGUGCAGCUUUAUAACAGGAAUCUUUAACUACUACCACCUGUCGCUGCUGCUGACCACCCUGAACUGCGUGGCCGACCCGGCGCUGUACUGCUUUGUCAGCGAGAGCGCCCGUCGGGGGCUCUACAGGGUCUUUGUCAAACCCGUUGCCAGGAUAAUCUGCUGCUGCUGUCGCCGGGGCAAUACCAGCCCCAUCAACCCAGCCAGCGACUCCCAUGAGGUGGCCACCAACGAGAACAAUGGCCACCCAACUGUAACGCUGUUGACGCAUACUUGCAUGGACAACAACUCAGAACCAGACGGCAAAAACACCACUUCAAUCACUCAGACUGAAGACAAAACUAUUAUCCUGUCAACUAUCCAAAAUAACUCCCGCUGGGAGGACAAAUGUGAAGACGGGGAGAUCAGCUGUGUGAUAGCCAUGGAAGAGAAGAUGACAGGAGGCACUGAGGAAAGUGACAGGAAGGACAGCUGAAAGUUUCAGGACAAAUCAGAACCAUGGAGACUGUGGAGAGACAGAUCAUAGACGAACAGCUGACCUGCCUGAGGCCCUGCUGUGUUUACAUUAUUAUUAAAUCUAUGAUGUUACCAACCACCUGUUUACAAUUCUGCCUGCUGUUUUUUUGAGAAGUUAAAGAGGAGGAAGUAGAGAAGAGAUCCUGCUACAAAAGUUCAUAAAUCAUGAGAUCAGUGGCACAAAAAUACAACAAAAAUCUGAACCUUAAGAAGGUAAGAAGAACUAAACCCCAAAGACGUGAAUGAACAUGAAGUAACCAGCAACUCUCUUUGCAAAGAUGAUGCAAAGAUAGUUGUUGGUUACUUUCUUCCUUCCUUGAACACUUCCUGUCUCACGUUGCACCGAUGUGUAACCAUUUCAUGCCCAUAGACUAGCAGCCGAAGGUUGAACUUUACAUGGAUCAUGAUCAUUCUAGCCUUUAUUUCAACUGUGCUUUUUCCAGGGUGGAAUGAUCUGUCGGUCCGUGCAACCGUUUAUCCAUUUCCACAUUCACUGGAAUAGCUCAUUGAAACUGGUUUGUUUCCUGGAUCAGGAUUUUAAUCAUGGUCCUAAAAUUAUCAGCAGUCCAACAUGGAGAUGUUUAUGAAGUUCGGGCUUCUGUCCUUAUCAGCACCCUCUCAGUCUAUGGUGAUGUAAAACAGGCAUCGCUGUGGAAAAGAAACUGUUGUUCCAGGAGUUUCCAUCCAGGCCUAAGCCCUGAUGUUUUCUGGGUUGCUCCUGAACUUCCAAAUCAGUUUUCUUUUAUCUUAGGUUAACAGUUUGGGUCUUCUUCCAGAUCUUGCUAUAUUACACAUCUGAAUAUCUUGUACAGUGCUGUGAAAAACAAUGUACACCCUUACAGAUUUCUUGUUUUUGCUUUUGUUGUCCCACUUAUAUGUUUCAGAUCACACUAAAGUUAAAAUCCACUAAAGAUAACCUCAGCGAAUACAAGAAUUUAAUAAAGGAACAAAUCUAACUUGUCCCUGCAUGAAAAAAUAAAUACCCCUAAACCUAAUAACUGGUUGUUUCACACUUAGCAACAAAAGCAGCUAAGUUUGAGUUUUUAACAUCAACGUGGAAGAACUUUGAACCACUGUGCUUUGCUGAAUGGAUUUAAUUCAGACACAUUAGAGGGUUUUCUAGCAUGAACAGCCUGUUGAAGGUCAUCAAACAGCAUCCCAACUGGAUUUAAAUUCAGACUUUGACUAGACCACCUCAAAAUCUUGACUUUAUUUCUUUGGGCCUUAGAAGUCCUGAAGCAACUCCGGACCAUCAUACUACCACCACCAUGUUUGACUGUAGACAUAAUGUUCUGCUUCUGAAAUGCUGUGUUAGCUUAACAUUUUAAUUGGUCAUUUUACAGACACAUGAUGAUGUAAACAAACAGCAAGGUGUCUCCUGGAGUAGCAGUGGUGUUUACAUCAUGGUGGUAUUUAGGGCUACAGAUCUAACAGUAAUGGGUUUAAAAUGAUUAUUGUCCUUCGUUUAUUAUAAAAGGACUGAAUGAAGUGAUCGUACAAUUUACUGGCUAAUGGCCUUUAGCAUAUGGCAAUGUCAUUGUCCAUUUAUGGUAAGGAUGUCCAUAUAUGGUAAGGAGGAGGGUCUUCACCAUCCGUCUCAAAAUGGGACUAAAAUCAUCUUUGUCCAACAUUUUAGUAGCUGCUGUUCUUUUAAAUGUUUUUAUGGUGAAAAUAACAGAAAUCUAUUAGGGGGUAAAUACUUUUCUACAGCACUACACUCACAAAAAUACAACUAUUUGAAGGCAUGAUCUUAUAAUUAGCUUGUGUAAAUCUAGAGCAAAUCUAGAGCAAAUUUCACUCAGCCCAGUUAGUGCUGGCCUUUUAUGCUGCAGAGAGAACAUUUUACAGGUCAAAGGUCAAAGCACUCUGGAAACUUGAGCUCCACUGACCAAGAGGACCAUGAUGCUGAGUUUAGUCUGAUUUAAUGUCUGACAGUGAGAAGGAAGCUCCUUUUCUUCAGGGUGUGGAAGUAUCUGGUCUCCACUGGAUGAAUCUGAGCCUGUGUUUUGUGGUUCUUAACAUCACUACAGUUCUAUCAUCAUCCCAUCGUAGAAAACAGCAGUUUAAAUAAACUUCUGGUCUGACCCGCA